GACGACGUGGUGAUGGGGACUCUGACGGUCAGAGAGAACUUCAGCUUCUCGGCGGCGCUGCGACUCCCAGAGUCCGUCUCCCAGCAGGAGAAGGAGAAGAAAGUGAACCGGCUGAUCCAGGAGCUGGGACUGAACCGGGUGGCCGACUCCAAGGUGGGCACUCAGCUGAUUCGAGGGAUCUCUGGCGGCGAGAGGAAGAGGACGAACAUCGGCAUGGAGCUCAUCAUCGACCCGUCCGUCCUCUUCCUGGACGAACCAACCACGGGGCUCGAUGCUAGCACGGCUAACUCUGUCCUGCUGCUGCUAAAGAGGAUGGCGAACAACGGGCGCACCAUCAUCCUGUCCAUCCAUCAGCCCCGAUACUCCAUCUACCGUCUGUUCGACAGCCUCACGCUGCUCGUCAACGGCAAACAGGUUUACCACGCCCCGGCUCACAGCGCUCUGGAUUAUUUCUCAGACAUCGGAUACACCUGUGAGCCCCACAAUAACCCUGCUGACUUCUUCCUGGACAUCAUUAACGGAGACUCGACCGCUGUCGCUCUCAGCGGGAAGGAGAACGAAGAUCCAGAGUCGGACUCUGUGGUGACGUCCAGACGAGGGAUCGAGGACAAACUGGUGGAAGAGUACAGAAACAGUCGUUACUUCCAGCAGACCAAAGCAGAGAUGGAAAGGAUUGUUCAGGGCCGACAGGUGACGACCAAGACUCCCUCCAGAACCAUCACCUACAACACCAGCUUCAUGACGCAGUUCAGAUGGGUGCUCAAGAGAACGUUCAAGAACCUCAUGCUCAACCCUCAGACAUCGGUCGCUCAGAUUGCAGUGACGUUGUUUCUCGCUCUGGUCGUUGGAGCCAUCUUCUUCAACGUCCAGGAUAAUCAGAGUGGAAUGCAGAACAGGUUUGGCGCUCUCUUCUUCAUCGUCGUGAAUCAGUGUUUCAGCUCCCUGUCGUCCGCUGAACUCUUCAUCGCAGAGCGGAAACUCUUCAUUCACGAGUAUAUCAGCGGUUACUACAGAGUGUCGGUGUACUUCCUGUCUAAGAUCCUGUCCGACAUCCUCACGCUGAGGACCAUACCCGCCAUGGUCUUCAGCUGCGUGGCAUACUUCAUGAUUGGUCUGAAGCCGACAGUUGACGCCUUCUUCCUCUUCAUGUUCUCCGUGACUCUGGUUGCCUACACUGCCACCUCCAUGGCUCUGGCCAUCUCAGCCGACCAGACGGUGGUGGCCAUUGCCAACAUCUUCAUGACCAUCGCCUGCGUCUUCAUGAUGAUCUUUGCAGGUUUGCUCGUCAAUCUUCCGUCCAUCGUCUGCUGGCUCGCAUGGUUGAAAUACUUAAGUAUACCACGCUACGGACUGGGCGCUCUGCAGAUUAACGAGUUCAGGGGGCUGCAGUUCUGCAAAAACCUCAACCACACCCUCAUCCGGCCUGGACUUGCGUGUACGGGCGAGGAGUUUCUGGAUCAGCAGGGCGUCGAUUACUCCACCUGGGGCUUCUGGCAGAAUCACAUGGCUCUGAUCAUCAUGACUGUCUGCUUCCUCACCAUCGCUUACCUCAAACUGCGCUUUAUCAGGAAGUUCACUUAGACCUUCAUCGUGACCACCAUCAUCAUCAUCAUAGAAACCAGCAUCCUCGUCUCUGAUUGGAUACCAUCCAACACUUCUGUGCAGCUGGGAGUUCAGUGUUUGUACAUGUGAAUAUAAUUGUUCCUGCUGAUUGUUUGUUCCUGUUCAUUUACGUUUCAACACAUAAGCUCUGAGUUCUCCAAGAUUAACGUGUGAUGUCAUGUUUGCACUUUAAAGUCUGAAGCCAAAGAAGUAAUUAUUUUUCACCAAAAUAAAGAAAAACUUGUUAUUAUGAAGUUUUUAAUAAGAAUAAAAGUACCAAAUUUGAAUUCUGA